CAUAUGUUCUCCACAUUAACCGGAUUCAAGGUCAAGCAGCUCGCCUAUGGAAAUCUGUUCUUAUAUUAAGGGCCGAUAUCAUCCGAGACCGAAAACCAAACUUGACUUGUCUGAAGGUGUGGAACAGACGGCAGUGGUUUGCGGCGACGUGAAGAUUCACCAGUGCUGAUAUGAUAACUAUCACAGCUUCCUUCCGACUGCCUGCCUCUCCUAGAUCCUCAUCACAAUCACCAAAGUAAUAGCUCAGGAAGAUCUUACUAAGAUGCAGUUAAACUUUGUUGUUGCCUUAGGGCUUUUUGCCCCUGCCAGCGCGCUGCUCCGAUUUGGUUGUUCUGGUCUGACUGUCCAACGUCUGGACCCCUUGGUUAACCCGGGAAUGAACCCAUCUGCACAUCUUCACCAGAUCAUAGGAGGGAAUUCCUUUAACGCAUCAAUGCCGCCGGAAGAGCACGAUCUUCCUGGAUUAUCUACUUGCACAAGUUGCCAAUUUACAGAAGAUUUCUCCAACUACUGGACGGCUGUCAUAUUUUACCGAGCCAAGAAUGGUACAUUCAAGAGGGUCCCGCAGAUGGCUCAAGCAGGCAUGGAAGGUACUCAAGGAGGCAUGGUCGUCUAUUACAUGAGUGAUGCGCUGUUCGACACCGCUCAAAAGUCAACGGUCACAGCCUUCAAGCCUGGCUUCCGUAUGCUUGUAGGCGAUGCGGUGUUCCGUGACCGUGAACAGGCCAGGAAAUUCCGACAACUAACAUACAUCUGCAUGGAGAACCAAGGCACUAGAGCACCCGAAAGCAUUGGAUUCCCCACGAGGCCCUGCCCCGGCGGUAUUAUGGCCAACCAUAGAUUUCCGACCUGCUGGGAUGGCAAGAACCUCGAUUCUCCUAACCACCAAGAUCAUGUAGCAUAUCCAGAGUCCGGGACCUUCGAGUCAGGCGGUCCCUGCCCUGCUACUCACCCGGUGCGUUUGCCACAGAUACUCCUCGAGACUAUGUGGGAUACGAGGGCAUUCAACGACCCCGCAGACUUCGCCGAUGGUAAUCAACCAUUUGUGUGGUCCACUGGGGAUGCAACCGGCUAUUCCAGCCAUGCCGACUACCUAUUCGGAUGGAAAGAUGACAGCUUACAAAAGGCGAUGGAUGGCCAUACCUACGUCUCUGCUCCGAUGCUCAAGACCCAGAGCAUUGCUCAGCAGAACCAAUGCAAAGUUCCUGAUAUGGUGAAUGAAGACAUUGACAGCUGGUUGACGAGCCUCCCGGGUCAAAAUCCAGUGGUAUGAAGGAAGAUGCUUUGAACAGAAAGUUAGCAGUGGGGACGUUUCGAUGUCGAGAAAUUCCGCACAAAGAUAUGGAAGCUUCCUGAAUCUAUAAUUGAUCUUUUAUUAUCGUGAAGUUAUUCUUGAAGGAUGACAUCGUUGAACAGCUUCAGUACCGUCUUGCGGCCACUGAACGUGGGACGGCGGACGAUAAUACUUACCUAAAUUUGAGUUUGGUAGUCCAUAAUGACCCGAAAGAUUCUGUUCUGUAUCCAAUCAUCCCUUCCUAAGAAUUAACCCGCGCCCCAUUAAAUUUAGAGUUAUAUUAACGUUCUUAGUGUACAUUAGCAGCGUUUUAGGCCGCUAUAUAUGUCCUAUUAGGUACCUACUUGCCAGUGUAUUAACCAGAUAGGCCAGCAAAUUAUUUACAUUAGUCGCUAUUGGUUCUGUUGACAACAUCAGAGAGAAUACUCGUCUAACAUGAUAUGUGCCUCACAUGUAUGUAUUACGGGAUGAUAAUAUUACCGUAUCUUUAUGGUCAUCCACCUAUGUUGAUGGUCAAGUUCAUCUGGCGCUCAAAGGCAAAGGGGAGAACUGAUAAAACUAAAAUAUGAGCACAUGUGUGCUUCUCUGGUACAAAA